ACUAUUCACACGUGUUGUCCCUGUGAAUGCAGGUUGAAUGCUGGCGUCUUUGCGACUGAUAUGUUUGCUAAGUGAAUAAUUAACAGGAGAAUUCGCUUUGUUUUGGAUAAAUAUCAACUCUAAUUAUACUCAGGAUUUUCACUGGUGUUGGUGUCGUCGCUAACAUGUUUGCAGAGGAGGAAUGGACUGAUAACCUGCCAGAUAAGGAACAGACCCACUCUGUAGUGAACGCCAAGCCUUUUGUUGAGAAGCACAAGGCAAUCAGCAGGAAUUGUCUUAAGCGAACUCUCGAGACCUUAGGGUCUGCCCCAGACUGGGAGUGUAUAAAACCUUCUGUAGGUAGUGAUGAGGAAACUGAAGGAGGUCCUAUACAUCUUUUCAAGAAGAAGAAGAAGAAAAAAAGGUGCAAAAAACGCAAGAAAACAUCUGGUACAGGAAUGGAAGGAGACAUGGACAAGGAAACAGAUAUACUGCAGAAACCUGUGAAGAAGCGACGAGUGAAGCGUGAUGUGGACACAGCCAGCAUUGAAAGUUCUAAAAAGUUGCAUAAUGCAGAAGAAGCUUCUACUGAUAAAAAAUUGAGCCGGCAACAGUGGAAGAAUAAAAUGAAGAACAAAAGACAGUGCAAGAACAAAUUCCUUCUCAAUUCAUCUGGAGUUGCAGAUGUUAAAAUGAAGGAAAAGUUGAGGCAGGUGCAGGACCUCUCAAUAGCAGGGAAAAUGCAGAAUGAUGAUUUGGCACUUUGUAAAAUGGCAUCAGUGAAGAAGAACAAUAAUGUACCCUUGAGAACAGGCAGACCUGAGAAAGCCCAGUCUAUUACAAAAAAUGUAAACAAAGACACACAUCAAUUAACGAGCAUAAAACCGGUCCAUAAUGGGUUGAAGACAAAUGCACAUAAUCAGUGUGAAAAACAAAGGCCUGUCAAUAUGGAUAAAAAGUCUUUGCUCCAGGCAAAGAAGUUGCGGAGUAUUUUAAACAUCCAUGCCACUGAAACCAAAGAGAAACUAAGUGAUAUAAAUCUUGAACAGGAAAAAGAAGAUUUCAGAAAAGUCGGUGAAUGUCAAAUGGACCGCUCCAGCGCCUUAAGGUUGAGGAUGGAGAAACGUUUGCAAUCAGCCCGGUUCCGCUACAUAAAUGAGCUGCUUUACACAUCAACAAGUGGUGAAGCCAAACGUAUAUUUACACAGGACCCUGAUGCCUUCAGGAUUUAUCAUACAGGCUACACUGAACAAGUGAAACACUGGCCUGCAAACCCAGUGGAUUCCAUCAUCUCCUAUAUUCGGCAAAGAUCGCCAUCUCUGGUAAUAGCAGACUUUGGCUGUGGUGAUUGCAAGAUUGCACAGAGUGUGAAGAACAAAGUGCACUGCUUUGAUUUGGUUCCCAUUUGUGACCUUGUCACUGCCUGUGAUAUGGCCAAUGUGCCACUUUCUGACUCCACAGUUGAUAUUGCAGUCUUUUGUCUCUCCCUUAUGGGGACCAACCUUACAGACUUUUUGGCCGAGGCAAACCGAGUCCUGGUGAUGGGGGGUAUCCUCAAAAUUGCAGAAGUUGCCAGCAGGUUUGAUAAUAUACGCCAGUUCAAUGGAGCCUUAUCUCGUCUGGGCUUUAAGUUGGUCAGUAAGGACACAACCAACAGCCACUUCUACUCCUUUGAGUUUCAGAAGACAGACAAUGUUCCAAAUGAUGUAAAGAAAAUAGGGCUUGAACUCAAGCCUUGUUUGUACAAAAAACGGUAGAUGCUUUGAUAAUAGGAAUGCAGACAGAGC